AUGUCAAAUUCCCGAACCAAUCUGGACGAGGUCGUCGCACCAGCGCCCAUCCAUACCAGCCCAGAAAAACCUUCCGACACCAAGGAUUAUUUGGACAAUCGGAAUGCAAAUGAGGACCGAGAAGCACAUCCAAGUUCCAAUGAAGGCAAUCGUGUGCCAAAAGAGCAAGCCUCAAAUGUCCCGAGUGGGCAUCAUGCCUCCGACACUUGGCGAACUAUAUACAUCGUCAGCCAUCUUACAUUUUUCUCAUUUCUCGGCACCCUUUUACGAAUCGCCGUGGAGUGUUUGACGUUUUACCCAGGUGCACCUAUCGCCACCAGUGUUCUUUGGGCCAAUGUUGGAGGUAGUAUGGUCAUGGGAUUCCUUAGCGAAGACAAGAAUCUCUUCCUCCCCAAGAAGCCCGAUCCGAAAAAUCCAGACGAAGAGAGCAACUCGGCACUGCAGAGGGUGGAAUCUCAGAGUCCACCAAAAAAGACAAUCCCUCUUUAUGUCGGUUUGACUACGGGCUUUUGCGGAAGCUUCACUUCUUUCUCUACCUUCAUCCGAGACAUCUUUCUGGCGACUAUCAACUCUCUUCCUGUGCCUCUUGGUCAAUACACUGCCUUGUCGCUAUUUGCAACGCCUCCCGCUACAGCCAAAGCCCCAAGCGGAGGUUUCAGCUUCAUGGCUAUGCUGGCAGUGUUAUUUACAGAGAUUGGACUAUCCCUGGUUGGAUUGUUCCUUGGUGCCCAUCUCGCUAUUGUUGUCUCACCAUGGACACCUAGCCUGCCCAGGAAAUUCUUGAACAUACUCAAUCCUCUGAUGAUUAUUCUGGCUGUCCUGUCAUGGGUGGCAGUCAUUUGCCUCGUUAUCCUAUUGCCCGACUAUGGCCAAGAUAGCACGAUCUGGAGCGCUGAACUAUGGAGAGGCCCGGUACUCUUCUCUUUGGUGUUCUCUCCCCUCGGGUGCCUGACUCGGUUCUUCCUCUCACUCAAAAUGAACGCGCGGAUGGCUUCGUUCCCUCUCGGAACAUUUGUCGCAAAUGUUGCUGGCACCAUGGUGCUGGGUAUGGCAUACUCCCUACAGCAUGCUUCGAUCAGUGUUUCUGCCUAUGGUGGUGGAAGCAUCAUCGGAUGUCAAGUUCUCCAGGGCGUUAUGGAUGGAUUUUGUGGAUGUCUGACAACAGUCAGCACUUGGGUGUUAGAGCUUUCGGGCCUACGCAGACGUCAUGCAUAUAUAUAUGGGGCGAUAUCUGUCGUGGUGGCAUACUGUGCAUUGGUUGUGGAGAUCGGGAGCUUGAAAUGGUCUAUAGGUCUGACAACUCCGGUGUGCUUUGCGGAAUGA